AUGGCGAUGUGUGUGCGAUGGGGUGAGGAGAGAAGUGACUCAUUGAGACAAGUUGUGGCUGUCCUUGCAGGGGCUCCUAAUGACCCAUCUUGGAAUGCUGUCCACAGUCAAGCAGCAAAGGCAAUGGAAAAUGUCCGUGAGUAUGCUGCAUGUGGAACUGGUGUUUCCUAUGGGGGAGGACAAAAGUGUCCAGGAAACCUAGUCAACAGUGAAAUCAAUGGAAAGAUGCUUGAGUGUCUUCUACAAGAUCACAACAUUAGUCGCAUUGCAGGCUUUGCAUCUUCCGCUUUUGAAACCUGGGCUCCGAAGCUGUACAAAUAUUAUGUUGAUCACCUGCAGCCUCUCUACACAAAGUAUUUUGAACUAAAACGCAACUUCGCAAACAGUAUUUUUGCAGGGACCACAUUCAACUUUGGUCCUGCAACUUGCACUGUAGAUCACCGUGAUUCUGCCAAUCUCGCAUUUGGCUGGUGUUCUGUAACAGCACUUGGGGACUUCAAUCCAAUGCUAGAUGGACACUUGGUCCUUUGGGACAUGAAGCUUGUAAUUGAAUUUCCACCGAGCUCCACAAUUCUGAUACCAUCAGCAAUCAUUCUCCACUCGAACGUUGCCAUCGGUGAGGGAGAAAGCAGGUCCUCAUUUAUGCAGUAUACAGCAGGCAGCUUGUUUCAGUGGGUUGACCUGGGAUUUCAACCAAUCUCUGUUUACUGUGAGGGGCUUAACAGUGCUGAGAAGAAGGCUGAGGAGCUGCAAGCGAGGGAGCAUUGGGAAAUUGGAAUGGACAUGUUUUCUGCUUUGUCUUUCCUCUAA